UAUCUCAAAAAUUGUGCGAGCCAUUACAACGAACAUUGCAGUAGACCCUUGAUUAUCCGAGCUCCGAUUAUCCGACACUUCGCAUUAUCCGAGGUGCUUGUCCCAUCGGAAGUUUCCGUAUUAUCCGAGGCGUGAGCGUCCGUUUAUGUGUAUUUCUUAUGUCUUUUCUAAAUCUGCUUCAAUUCGCCUGUAUCAUCAUCGCUUAUAACCGGUAUUUUUGAGCUUUUGUUUAUAUCUGCGUUUAUAUCGCUAUCGCACGUUUGUCUGUUUGCUCACACAUUCGUGGAAUGCGUCCGAGAUAAGUAAGUAAUUAAAGCAUCACGAUGUCUCAAAAACGAAGAAGAGUUGUCGUAACCGUGCAGCAGAAAUUAGAAACCAUAAGUAGGUUGGAUAAGAGUGAAAAAACUCGAACUGAAGCAGCUGAAUGUGGAGUUGGAGAGACAACCGUCGGUGAUUGGUGACGAAAUCGGCAAAAAUUACAACAAUUUGCGACUGAAUGCGACGUUAAGACAAACCGUAAAACUAUGAAAUUAGCAGAGUAUAAUAAAAUCGACAGUGCGUUAUUUUUAUGGUUUACACAGAUGAAAGAAAAGGGACUUCCAUAUUAAGUAUAAAACUCUUAUUUCCUAGAUCAGGUUCAAUUUUACAAGAAAAAGCUAUGAUGCUAGCAAAACAUUUUCCUAACGAAAGCGACACUUUUACGGCAAGCAGUGGUUGGCCAGAGAGGUGGAAGAAAAGACACGGUGUUCGUCAGAUGAAUAUCUGCGGUGAAAAAUUAUCAGCUAAUGAAGGUGAAAUGAAUAAGUUUAAAGAAGAAUUUCAAAAGCUCGUAGCAGAAGAAGGAUAUACAAAAGAUCAAAUUUACAACUGUGAUGAAACUGGCCUAAAUUAUAAAAUGAUGCCUUCCAAAACAUUAAUUUCAAGAGAUGAAGCAGCUGCUCCGGGAUAUAAAAAGAAUAAAGACAGAUGUACUAUUUUAGCAUGUAGCAAUGCAUCAGGAAAGAAAACAUAAACUUCGAUUGAUGUUAAUUGGGAAGUCGGCUAAACUGAGAGCACUUAAAAACAUUAACCAUGAAGCUUUGCCUGCGUAUUAUGCAGCAAAAUGCUUGGAUAAGUAGCGAUUUUUUUAAAAAAUUGUUUUUUGACCAAGGACCCCGCACAAAAUCGUAGGA